AUGCUCGCCUCUACUCUCCUCCCGCUCGCGUCCUUGGCUGCCCUCACAUGUGCACACUUUCAUGUGCUCUACCCUGAAUGGCGGGGUGACUCGCUCGAGCUCGAGACUGCAUCGCAAUGGAUCUGGCCCUGUGCGAAUAUCUCCGAGACGACAAAUGGCACGCGAACGAAGUGGCCCACGACUGGCGGCUCUAUAAUGAUCAACGGUAGCCACGAGUUUGCUUUCACAUACGUCAACCUCGGACUUGGCGAGAACGUCACCAACUUCAACAUGUCCCUCGUGGACAAUUUCAACCAGACUGGUGCAGGUGCGCUGUGUCUCAAGGACGCUGUGAAGAGCGCACUCGAGGAGGGUCUCAAGGCCGGGAACAUUACGGGUGGGACAGACGGUUUGGAUGGACAGAAGGCGAGUCUGCAGGUCAUCCAGAUUGCGCACUCGGGGAGCAGUCUGUACAACUGCAUGGACAUUACAUUCAGCAAGGACGCAAAGCUCCUCGACGACGAAGAGUGCAAAAACGGAACUGGGGUAGGAGGUACACGCAUUGGAGCUUCAGAAGCGCAAGAAGCUGCUCAGCCUUCGGGCUCCGGGACGACGCAAGCUGGUGCCGCCACUUCAGCCAAGCCGUUGAUGGGCAGCGGAGUGCUCGCCAUGGUUGUUGCGAUUGCGUUGUUAUAA